AUGGAGCAACCAAUGAUCCAGGAACCAGCGAAGAAAGGCCAAGCAAAACUUUCCCUCAAACAAGCAAUGAAGUCCGUUCGGUGCCUCCGUUUCGUGGCUGCGGCGUCUGUCUGGCGAACGACUGCUGGUUGGUUGAGUUGUGUUGAGGGACGUUACACCACCACUGAGAAGUUUAAAUUCCCAAUGGCUCGAGCUCUUGGCUACUUAUGGUGGUCCCUUCAAAUAGUAACGGCGAGCGCCGAUAAGCGGUUUUCAUGCCAUGCAUUGCGGCAAAUAAUAUUGGAUUGGUGA